AUGGUCGACUACGUCGUCGAGCUUGUGCUGGCGGCCUCGGACAAAGCCUACACGACGACGAUGGUCAAGCCACACAAGAAGAAGGCGCCUCUGCUAUUGAAGAAACGCUCUCGGACGCACAGCCAACGCUGGAGCAGCGUCCUAUCGACCACGCCGUCGCCCUUCUUUUCCGUGCGGGUGCUCGCCCACCACCACGUGGACAUUGGCUUUACAACGCGCGCCAAGUUUGAGCCCAACAAAGGCCACGAGCUGCACCCGGGCUUCUUCUUUGGCUGCGAGCGCGGGUACUCGUACUCGGAGCACGAGAAGAAGCCGUUUCCCAAGCAGCGCGGGAAGCUCGUCGUCACCGCGUCCUUCAACCAUGCGGCGCGCGAGAUCUCGUUUGAAGUCAACGGUCAGAUGCUCAUCUCGCCCUUUUGCCUCGUGCCGACGGACGCGCCACUCUACCCGAUCGUGCGUCUCGGCGAGCGCGAGGCAUCGGUUGAAAUGACCGGCGGGCACUGGUGCGAAGACGUCUAGGCCGUCGCAGCGACCAAUAGACAUUGAGAUUAGUUGUAAAUACACUCGAUACGAAUGGAACAUUGUGUCAUUUCGC